CAGUGCGCGCUCCGACUCCACACAUCUCCGUAGCCCGGUGUCGGUGGCGCACGGCGGUGCUGGUCGCUCGGCUCGGUCUCUUCUAACACGGACACAAGCGCAAGGGAGCGAAAAAGACACAAUCAAACCAAAGCAUGAUGAUCGGCGGUCCGUGCGCGCGCAAGUCGGCUCGCCGCUCGCGCUCCGCUCUGAUCGCCGCGCUCACGGUGCUGCUCGUGCAGACGCUCAUCGUGUGGAACUUCAGCAGCCUGGACUCAGGGGACGACGCGGAGAACGGCGGCGGUGCCGGGGGUGGUGGUGCCGGUGGGGCCGGUGGUGCCGGAGGCGCAGGCAGGGAGAAAAGAGACCGGCUCGGUGUCAACAAAGCGUACGGUGAAUAUGCGAGGGGCAGGAGGCAGCAGCCCGGGAAAGGGACCCUGCGUCACAAGCGGCAACCGGACGUCUACUACUCGCACCGUCCCAAGGAGAAGGUCCGUGUGGACAGCAACAAUGAGAACUCUGUACCCAAAGACUUCGAGAGCAUCGACAACAGCAACUCUGCGGCGCGUCUCCGGAUGCGGAGUCACGCCUCCAACAAGCGGCAACAGGAGACGCCCGAGAAGGUCAAAAGCUCCAACGAGCUCGUCCACUACGGCCAGAACCGCACCGGGGCGGGGAUCCGUCAUGACUCCACCCUCCCGACGCUCCCUUCACGGCAUCACAACCAGCAGGUCAAGAAGUCAGGCGUUGCUACGUCUGAGAUCAAAUACGACCAGCCGCCCAAAUGCGAGAUCACAGGCAAAGAGGCAAUCUCGGCUCUGUCACGUGCGAAAACCAGUGAGUGCAGACAGCAGAUCGCAGAAGUGUACUGUCGACACAAAGACAAGCAACUCAUGCCUGAGAAAGUCACUCGCUACUGCCCCCUAGAGGGUAAGGCGAGUGUGAACGUACACUGGGAGGACGACUCCAUGGAGACGGUGCCGGCCGUACCUGUGCGCAUCGCCUUCGCGCUGGUGGUCCACGGACGAGCCGCUCGCCAAGUGAUGCGUCUCUUUAAAGCCAUUUACCACACAUCACAUUUCUACUACAUCCACGUGGAUAAGCGCUCAGACUACCUCCACAGGCAGAUGCUAGCACUGGCUAAGCGCUACCCGAACGUCCGCGUGACGACCUGGCGGAAGGCAACGAUCUGGGGUGGAGCCAGCCUCCUCAGUAUGUACCUACAGAGCAUGACAGACCUACUGGCCAUGAGCCACUGGCCCUGGGACUUCUUCAUCAACCUGAGCGCUGCCGACUACCCCAUCAGGACUAACGAUCAGCUGGUGGCUUUCCUUUCCAAGUAUCGCAACAUGAACUUCAUUAAGUCUCAUGGGAGAGAUAACGCUCGAUUUAUCAGAAAGCAGGGCUUGGACCGGCUGUUCUACGAGUGUGAUACACACAUGUGGCGCCUGGGGGACAGGAAGAUUCCAGAAGGCAUUGCUGUGGAUGGAGGCUCUGAUUGGUUCUUGCUAAAUCGCGCCUUCGUGGAUUACGUAAUCAACUCCGAUGACGACCUGGUCACCAGCAUGAAGCGAUUCUACGCUUACACGCUCUUGCCAGCCGAGUCGUUUUUUCACACUGUGCUGGAGAACAGUCCUCACUGCGAGAGCAUGGUGGACAACAACCUGCGUAUCACCAACUGGAACCGGAAACUAGGCUGCAAGUGCCAGUAUAAGCACAUUGUGGACUGGUGUGGUUGCUCUCCCAAUGACUUCAAACCGUCUGAUCUUCCCCGCUUCCAGCAAACGGCUCGGCCCACAUUUUUUGCGCGCAAGUUUGAGGCCAGCGUGAAUCAGGAGAUCGUGAAUCAGCUGGAUGCCUUUCUAUUUGGAAGCUAUCCUCAAGGGACUCCAGGACUUAAAGCCUACUGGGAGAACGUGUAUGAUGAACCUGAUGGAGUCCACAGCCUCAGUGAUUCACUUCUCACCCACUACCAUGCCUUCGCCCGCCUCGGCCUGGCACGAGCCACAAGCUCCCUGCAAGGAGACGCUCAUGACAACCGUUGUAGGUACUUCGCUAUGGGACAUCUCGUGGCCGUCCAUAUAUACUUCCUAUAUGAUGAGUUCCAGGGAUACCUGGUGAAGCAUCAUGCAACCAAUCUGGCUACCAGCAAGCUGGAAACUCUGGAGACCUGGGUGAUGCCUAAGAAGUUCUUCAAAUUCACCAACUCACCAAACAAUUUUAACAGACUGCAAUAUGCUGAGAUCGGGUCAGACUGGGACGCUAAGGAGAGAAUUUUCCGGAAUUUUGGUAAUCUGAUGGGGCCGAUGGAGGAGCCGGUGGGGAUGCAGAAGUGGGCCAAAGGGUCCAACGUGACAGUGACGGUGGUGUGGAUUGACCCUACUAACGUGAUCGCUGCCACCUACGAUGUCUUAAUUGACUCCACUGCAGAGUUCACACACUACAGGCCUCCGUUGAACACACCGCUUCGGCCAGGCAUGUGGACUGUCCGAGUGCUGCACCACUGGAACGCCGUGGCCGAAACACGCUUCCUCGUCACGCCGCUUACACACCACAAACAUCUGCCCAUCCGCCAAGAUGAUGCCUUGAAGAUGCACAACGGCCCAGCCAGGAACAGCUAUAUGGAGCAGAGCUUCCACGGGCUUAACCCCAUCCUGAACAUCCCGGUGCAUUUAGGCCAGGUGGAGGAGGCGGAGCGUAAUGCUGGGCUGACGGGUAUGAGGUUAGAGCGCUGGGUGGACAACCUGGUUGGCGAGGCCUGGGUAGCUGCAGACAUUUGCUCGGCGACGCCCUCUGGCUGUCCGGUCCUGCAAUCGUGCAGAGACACGGCGUGGAGCUCACUUAGCCCCGAUCCCAAAUCACAGCUUGGGAAUCCCAAAGCUAAUGGCACCAUAAGGUAGCAGGAGCACCACCAUUGCCCUGCAUCUCCUGCUGCAUCGUCAUUGUUCGGCUGUUGAUAUUUUUUUAUUAUUUAUUUCUUUCUCAUUGCCCAGAAGAAUCAGGACUGUACGGCCUUGUUGUGCAAAGGGUGAGACAGCGUACACUGAGGAUUUUUUUUUUUAAAGCAGAUGUAUAUGAAGUGCUGUUUCAGACUCAUAGUCAUAUGAGUGCAGUUGAGCUUUUUUUUAUUUAUUUAGGUUUGAGAAUUGAAAUAACUGUGAUCAAAAUUUUUGUUAAACUUGAUCGAAAAUAAUUGAAAAUUAAGAUGCCUUUUGCAUGGACUUUGCUGGGGACAUUUGCAAGCACAGGACGGACCUCGACAUAGGUACUGUGACCAAAAGUAAUGCAUUUAGAGUAAGCCUUUUUAUCUAUGGCAACACACACAGGUACACACACACACACACAACACACACACACACAUACAUUACCCCCGCAGUCUCAGUGCAGAUGUUUCCAUGAAAUGCUAAACUGUGGCAUUAAAGGCUAUGAGAUGGGAGUCUUCAGCUGCUCACAGUCGGUAAGGCACUUUGCCCCCAGCCACAGCGGCCCUUCAUGGGCUGGUCUAUAGGACUGAACGUUGAGUUAAUUGCCAAGUAGAGUUAAGCUGGGCCACAGGAGCCUACAGCAGAAUGUGUGUGGGAAGGUUCUUGGAACUGCCAGGCUGUCUGUCUGUCUGUCUGUCUGUCUGUCUCUAUCUGUCUGUCUGUCUCUGUCUCCUGGCUUUUUCGAACUCUCGACUCUACAGCUUGCCUGCAGGCUGCCUGACUUGAAAUGGAAAGUGUCAGCUGUGCUGGCACAUAAAGGGAGAAGAAAAUAUAAUAAAAAAAGAUUUUAUUCUUUUUACUUCAUUUUCCCUGAAGCAGAGGAUUUACUGUGUAGGAAAAGGGUUUGGCUAUUUAUUCAUGUGUUUAUAUAAAUGAAAUAGCUAUUUUUUUAGUCAAUGACUAAUGUCUAUAUGCUGUUUUUUUGCAGCUCAAAUCAAUACCUUUUUGUAAAAACAAGCUGCCUUUAUUUACAAAGGCCAUCGACCCAACGUGACCAGAAUAAAUUAAAAUACAAAGCAGGAUUAUCGUUAGUAUUAACAUUGCACCGUCCCUGACUAGACCCCAAGCAAACCGAUGAUCUUUUUUUGUAUCGUUUCAUGAACAAUUGCUUGUGCUCGUCUCACUCCGGUUCUGUCACGGUAUCGAUCGAAGCCACUUUCACGAUGAUGUCACUGUUACAAAUCUUUACUCUGAACCUUCCUAUAAGGCACAGCGAUUCCACAGAAGUCACGAUUCUGAGAAUGUGUGAAUAAUAAUUCACCGUAAUAAUAAUAAUAAUAAUAAUAAUGAUGAUUUUUGACUGCUUGGGGAAUAUUUUUAGCAGGAAAGAAAAUUGCAAACUUGCAAGACUCCAUGUUUUUACUGGAGCUUUUCCUUCAUUUUUAUACCGAUUUAAUGGUUCCGCAUUAAGCGUGUAAGAUUCCGUAUUUAUGUACGAGCAGCAGCACCGGCAUCUCCUGAAGAGUCUGUGCUCCUCUGUAUGCAACCCAGAUCAUUGUUCGGUCCGAUACAAAGUGAAGAUCGGGAUUUCAGUGUUGUGACCGGGUUUGUUUUCUUACAGUAAAUUUCCAGUGAAGCACUCGUGUCAUUCUGUGAGGUUUUAACAGCGUCACGGCUUUUAUGCCGACAUCCCUGACGGUAUUACGAGAGUAUUGUGAAACGACCUUAAGACUCUACAGCAAGAGAGAAUUAAUUCAUCCUUUGGAUAUUUUUUUAAAUAAAGAGUAUAAUGUGUGUGUGGUUAUACAGUAUGUGCGUAUUUAAGAGUGUAAAACUACGCUACAGUUUUGGAGAAAACCUUCUGAACAAAUCAGUCUACCAUCGUUUACCUCUUUUCACGUCAAACCUUAUUUAAAUCUCACUUCUACAUAGUCUUAUGUACUAUAGCUAUUUUGAUAGGAAUGAUAAUGUCAUUUUUUUGUAAUUGACAGAUGUUUUUAUCGUAUUAAAAAAAAAAAAAAAGUGUUCAGAGUCUCAGUUGCAAUGAAUGGCUCUGGAAGGGGAAAAAAAUGUAAUGUGACAACGUGGAAGUCUAGUGAGACAAAAAGGUCUGACUGUGUGAUUUAUAAAGCUCUUAAUGAUCAUUUUGCCUUUCAUAGAGUUUCACAGCAAAUUGUUGUUGUCAGUGCUGGAAUGUUUUGUUGGGCGACUGUUGCACAAUUUAUCCUGAAUCCCCGGCUCUCUCCGUCAGGAGGUGGCCUGUGUGCCUUAGCUUCUCUCCCGUCUAAGGAACUCCCAACCUUCUGUGUGUCGACAUCAAGCCAAAAGAAAAAGAAAUGAAUUCUCUGCUGGUGUAAAAUGCCUUCUGUGUUGCAGCACUGUUGUCGCUCUCUUUUUUCCCCACAACUGAAUUUUAUUUGAAU